AGUACACGCAGCAGCCUGUCUUUGCAGAGACCCGCCUAGAGGGCCUAAGCAGAGCGCGCCCCGCUCAGAGAAACCCGCCGUCGGUUUUGGCCCUCAACACCGCACCCCUGAGAAUCUCAUCUGGCUUGGAAACCAGCCCAGGGCUGGAGGCACGCUCCGGACGGCCGGAAGCGGAACCGAGCUUAGCCGGAAGGAGCUAAGCCCACCUGAAGGUUGCUGAGCGUCGGCAGACGUUGAGCCCAACGGAAUCCACGUCAUGGCCUCGGAUGGGACAGGUGUGGCCGGAGGAGGGGCUGUCGGCGGCUGCCUGACCAAGAACAGUUUUCAGGAUGUUAAGCGCCCGGCGGCCAUCCCUGGUCGGCGGCGCAUUUCCUCGCUGUCUCGUGAGGCGCAGUGCCGAGCCUAUCAGUGGUGCCGGGAGUACCUGGGCGGGGCCUGGCGUCAAGUGCUGCCGGAGGAGCUGAGCGUUUGCCCCGUGAGCGGAGGCCUCAGCAACCUGCUCUUCCGAUGCUCGAUACCCGACCACCUGCCCAGUGUUGGCGGGGAGCCCCGCGAGGUGUUGCUGCGAGUGUAUGGAGCCAUUCUGCAGGGUGUAGACUCCUUGGUAUUAGAAAGCGUGAUGUUCGCCAUUCUUGCAGAGAGGUCCCUAGGGCCCCAACUUUAUGGAGUGUUUCCAGAGGGCCGCCUGGAACAGUACAUCCCGAGCCGGCCACUGAAAACUCAAGAGCUCCGGGACCCAGUGUUGUCAGGAGCCAUUGCAACAAAGAUGGCCCGCUUCCAUGGUAUGGAGAUGCCCUUCACUAAGGAGCCCCACUGGUUGUUUGGGACCAUGGAGCGGUACAUAAAGCAGAUCCAGGACCUGCCCUCCACUGGCUCCCCCGAGAUGAACCUGCUGGAGAUGUACAGCCUGAAGGAUGAGAUGGGCAACCUCAGGAAGUUACUAGAUGCUGUCCCAUCACCAGUGGUCUUCUGCCACAAUGACAUCCAGGAAGGGAACAUCUUACUGCUCUCAGAACCAAAAAAUGAUGACAACCUCAUGUUGGUUGAUUUUGAGUACAGUAGUUAUAACUACAGGGGCUUUGACAUUGGCAAUCACUUUUGUGAGUGGGUUUAUGAUUAUACUCACGAGGGAUGGCCUUUCUACAACGCAAGACCCACAGACUACCCCACUAGAGAACAGCAGCUCCAUUUCAUUCGCCAUUAUCUGGCAGAAGUCCAGAAAGGUGAUGUCCUCUCUGAAGAGGAGCAGAAGAAGCUGGAAGAAGAUUUGCUGAUAGAGAGCAAUCACUAUGCUUUGGCAUCUCAUUUUUUCUGGGGUCUGUGGUCCACCCUGCAGGCAUCCAUGUCCACCAUAGACUUUGGCUACUUGGAGUAUGCCCAGUCUCGGUUCCAAUUCUACUUCGAGCAGAAGGGCCAGCUGACCAGUUUCCACACAUCAUCUUGACGAUCCAACCCCACCUCAAAUUUCAUCUGGAGCCUCCAGGGCAGGACCUUGGAGGGAGGGCCAAAGAACAGGAGACCCCAGAGACUGGGCUGUGCCUCUAAGUGAGACUGUUGUUGAAAUAGCUGACCUCUGUUCCCCUGUCUGAGUAGUUGCCUGAGGUGGGCAUAUGGGAACCCUGGGGCUGUAUACCAAAAUAAAUGAACUUCUUUGGAAAUGCAAA